CUCCUUCAGCCCCUCCACCUCAGCCCUGCCAUGGCCCUUAGAAGAAGGGAAAGGAAACAGCCAGGAAGGGAGGAGCUGAUCUUUCCAAAAAGGACAGCGGGACCUGGCGCCCACGUGGCUCUCCGGAAAAGCUGGUGAUGUGGAACUGCCUCCAGCCUUGAUGGCGAAAGCAGAUCUCGGGGCAGAGUCCAGGGCAGCUCCAGGCUCCUCCGCACACGCCUGCUGAACCCUGAGUCCCCUGAGCUGUGGGCAUGGGGCGGGCCCAGGCCGCCGCCAUGAUCCGGGGCCUGGCCCUGCUCUGGGCAGUGGGGCUGGUGAGUGCCGUCCCCAGCCCCCCAAGACUUCGGCUCUCCUUUCAAGAGCUCCAGACCUGGCAUGGUCUCCGGACCUUUCGGCUGGAGCGGACCUGCUGUUAUGAUGCUUUGCUGGUGGAUGAAGAGCGCGGACGUUUGUUCGUGGGGGCCGAGAACCACGUGGCCUCCCUGAGCCUGGACGACAUUAGCAAGCGGGCCAAGAAGCUGGCCUGGCCCGCCCCUGUGGAGUGGAGAGAAGAGUGUAAUUGGGCUGGAAAGGACAUUAGCACGGAGUGCAUGAACUUCGUGAAGUUGCUGCACGCCUAUAACCACACGCACUUGCUGGCCUGUGGCACUGGGGCUUUCCACCCAACCUGUGCCUUCGUGGAGGCGGGCCACCGGCUGGAGGAACCCAUGCUCCGGCUAGAAAGCAGGUUUGAAGAUGGCAAGGGCAAGAGUCCUUACGACCCAAGGCACAGGGCUGCAUCCGUAUUGGUGGGGGAAGAGCUGUAUUCAGGGGUGGCAGCAGACCUCAUGGGCCGGGACUUUACCAUCUUUCGCAGCCUGGGCCAGCGUCCGAGUCUCCGAACAGAGCCCCAUGAUUCUCGCUGGCUCAACGAACCCAAGUUUGUCAAGGUCUUUUGGAUCCCAGAAAGCGAGAACCCCGAUGAUGAUAAAAUCUACUUCUUCUUCCACGAAUCUGCCGUAGAAUCAGCCCCUGCAAUGGGACGCCUGACUGUGUCUCGAGUUGGUCAGAUCUGCAGGAAUGACAUGGGUGGCCAACGCAGCUUGGUCAACAAGUGGACAACAUUCCUGAAGGCAAGGCUAGUGUGCUCCAUAUCUGGGGCUGAUGGUGACACCCACUUCGAUCAGCUUCAGGAUGUAUUCCUGCUGUCCUCCAGGGACCGACAGACCCCACUGCUCUAUGCUGUCUUCUCCACCUCCAGUGGCAUCUUUCAGGGCUCUGCCGUGUGUGUCUACAGCAUGAACGAUAUUCGCCGCGCUUUCCUGGGGCCCUUUGCACACAAGGAGGGGCCCACACACCAGUGGGUGUCUUACCAGGGCCGUGUCCCUUACCCCCGGCCUGGCAUGUGUCCCAGUAAGACCUUCGGCACCUUCAGUUCCACCAAGGACUUUCCUGAAGACGUCAUCCAGUUUGCCCGGAACCACCCUCUCAUGUACAACUCAAUCCUGCCCAUGGGGGGGCGCCCUCUCUUCUUACAAGUGGGAGCUGGGUAUACGUUCACCCAGCUCGCUGUAGACCGCGUAGCAGCUGCCGAUGGACACUAUGAUGUCCUCUUCAUUGGCACAGAUGUGGGUACAAUAUUGAAGGUAAUCUCAGUCCCCAAGGGCAGCUGGUCUAGCUCGGAGGGUCUGCUCUUAGAGGAGCUGCAUGUGUUUGAGGACUCAGCCGCAGUUACCAGCCUGCAAAUCUCCUCCAAGAGGCAACAGUUGUAUGCAGCCUCCCGGAGCGCCGUGGCCCAGAUCGCCUUGCACCGCUGUGCUGCCCACGGCCGCGUCUGUGCGGAAUGCUGCCUGGCCCGUGAUCCUUAUUGUGCGUGGGACGGGGUGGCAUGCACUCGCUUCCAGCCUACUGCCAAGAGGCGUUUCCGGCGACAAGAUGUAAGACACGGUGACCCCAGAACUCUGUGUUCCGGGGAUUCUUCUCGCCCCACGCUUCUGGAGCAGAAGGUCUUCGGCGUGGAGGGCGGCAGCGCGUUUCUGGAGUGUGAGCCCCGCUCUCUGCAGGCCCGCGUGGAGUGGACCUUCCAGCGUGCAGGGGAGGCAGCCUACAACCAGGUGAGCCCCCAGGACUGCCUCCCACCCCCCCCCACACACACACACCGGGCCCACAUGAAGUCCAACUCCAUGCCAGGUGCCAUCCUAGCUACUCAGGAGGCUGAGAUCUGAGGAUUGCAGUUC